AUGACCAUCAGUCUGUUCUCUAUUCAGUGGUCCUCCGGUGUCGCCGUAGCGUCGCCUCCCAUCAACGUCUCCUGGACAAACACACGUGGAUUUCCACAGACGCUAGGCAGAAACAAUAAUAACAUGGCAAGCUUUGGGCUCAUAUACGACGGCUGCAAUUUCUUCAGACAGCGGCUGAUUUUGUCCACACUCAGUGGGAAGCAGGUGAAAAUCAAAAGCAUACGUUCUACUGAUGACGAACCGGGGCUCCGUGAUUUUGAAGCCAGUUUUAUUCGAUUACUAGACAAAGUGACCAAUGGUUCCAAAAUAGAGAUUAACCAAACAGGUACCGUGUUGUUCUACCAGCCUGGUUUGUUAUAUGGAGGUGUAGUAGAACAUGACUGUAACACACAGCGUUCCAUUGGAUACUACCUGGAGGCUCUGCUCAUGCUGGCGCCAUUUAUGAAGAUGCCUCUGAAAGCCACGCUGAGGGGAGUAACGAAUGACCCAACAGACCCCACAGUUGACCUGUUAAAGUCCACAGCACUCCAACUGAUGAAGAAGUUUGGGAUUGAAGGAGAGGGAUUCGAUCUGAAGGUGGUUAAAAGAGGAAUGGCACCUGGUGGGGGAGGAGAGGUACUCUUUACAUGUCCAGUCCGCAGGACCAUCAAGCCAGUCCAGCUGACAGACCCAGGAAAGAUCAAGAGGAUCAGAGGAGUGGCAUAUUCAGUGCGAGUGUCUCCUCAGAUUGGCAACAGGAUUGUGGAGUCCGCCAGGGGCGUCCUCAACCAGUUUCUUCCAGAUAUCUACAUCUACACCGACCACAUGAAAGGAGCCAAUUCGGGCAAGUCUCCAGGUUUUGGCCUCACUCUGGUGGCUGAGACACUGACUGGCUGCUUUCUCAGUGCUGAGAUGUCCUCUACGCCGCAGGGGCAGGGAGAGCCUGUACUGCCAGAGGACCUCGGUAGGAACUGCGCCAAACUGCUGUUGGAGGAGAUACAUCGGGGUGGUUCUGUUGAUUCAUCCAAUCAGAGCUUGGCGCUGCUCUUCAUGACCCUUGGCCAACAGGACGUGUCGAAGGUUCUGCUCGGUCCCCUCUCCCCGUACACGAUCGAGUUCCUCAGACACAUGAGAGAUUUCUUCCAGGUCACCUUCAAGAUCGAUGUACAGAAGCCCUCUGAAGAUGAAAGGAAGGGGGGAGACAAGGUCCUGAUGACCUGUGUAGGAGUAGGUUACAGCAACAUAAAUAAAGUUGUGAAGUAAUAUUUUUAUAUUAAAUGUUAGUGUUUUUGUAAAUUAUGACUUUUUGGUAAUAAAAGGUUAAUUGUCUCUUA